ACGGUUUAUAGCAGCGUAUGGAAACCAACCGCGUUGGACCCAGGUUCUGUGCUCUCUUGGCCCUUUAGGCCUUCCAUAACUCAGACUACAGCUCCGUCUCCCUCCUUCCUCGUCUGUCUGUCGCAUUUCAGCCGGAGGAGCCUCGGGGUCGAAGGUUCUGCCCUGCUCGCCUCGACCUCCACCUUUGCACGGCUCAAAAAUCCCCGAUUAUCCGAUUACGCCUGCUUGGGAUACUUUAGCGGACGAGCCUCGCGCGUUUGGGGGAGAAAGCUCACGGGAGAAAAGGUGCGGAUUUUGGGCGGGCGGGCGUUGAGUGAUGCCCGCUGCGUGGCGCGUUGAUCCUGUUGCCCCCCGCUGACCUGCCCAUGACCCCAGGAAGCGGCGUUAUGGCGCGUCGAGGCUCCUCCCACUCGAAGGUGACCAUCACGGUAGACGAGUACAGCUCGAACCCCACGCAGGCCUUCACACACUACAACAUCAACCAGAGCCGCUUCCAGCCUCCUCACGUGCACAUGGUGGAACCCAUUCCCUACGAUGCCCCUAAACCAGCAGGACACACGCGAUUCGUGUGCGUCUCAGACACACACUCGAGGACAGAUGGCAUCCAGAUGCCGUACGGCGACGUGCUGCUCCACACGGGUGACUUCACUGAACUCGGCCUCCCGUCUGAGGUGAAGAAGUUUAACGACUGGUUAGGAAGCCUGCCCUACGAGUACAAGGUGGUCAUCGCCGGGAACCACGAGCUGACGUUCGACAAGGACUUCAUGGCCGACCUGGUCAAGCAGGACUACUACCGCUUCCCCUCUGUGUCGAAGCUGCGGCCCGAGGACUUUGAUAACGUUCAGUCUCUCCUCACGAACUGCAUCUACCUGCAGGACUCCGAGGUCACGAUCAAAGGCUUCAGGAUAUACGGGACCCCGUGGACGCCCUGGUUUAAUGGAUGGGGUUUUAACUUGCCUCGUGGUCAGUCUCUGCUGGACAAGUGGAACCAGAUCCCCGAGGACAUCGACAUCCUCAUGACUCACGGGCCUCCUCUGGGGUUCAGAGACUGGGUGCCUAAGGAGCUCCAGAGAGUGGGCUGCGUGGAGUUACUCAACACGGUACAGAGACGGGUCCGGCCCAAACUCCACGUCUACGGUGGGAUCCAUGAAGGUUAUGGGUUAAUGACAGACGGAUAUACCACGUUCAUCAACUCGUCUACGUGUACAGUCAGUUUCCAGCCGACCAAUCCACCCAUCGUAUUCGACCUUCCCAAUCCAGGAAGCUCGUGAAAUUUCCACCUUAAAUCCCCCUCCCUUUUUUUUCUACUCUCCAACCCUUCUUAUCUUUAAAGUAAUGGUCAUUUUGUACUGCUUGUAUUUAAAAAAAAAAAUGAAUGCAUGGAUAUGUAAUAUUUUUUAAAAAAUACGAUCAUACCAUUUAAAUAAUGAUUUGCUGGGGAAAAAAGAAGAAGAAGACGAAGAAAAACGGUGAAUUAAUUAUAUUUAUGCUUCGUUUGUACUGGUUGCCUUGUUCAGUUUGUUUUAGUCUGCAUCUAAAGUGCUUUAUAAGGUAUCAAAAGAGGCUCAGCAAUACCUUUUUCACAGCAGGAGUGUAUUAAAGAACAACGAGGCAGACGAGACAUCGGGUUGAGGAUUAUUCUCACUCAAAUUUUUCCUUUUGAGUCUCGACCUCGCCAGGAUGCUUUGUGGUUAUAUUUAUUGGUGCAUUCGUAAUCGUUCACACUAUUCUCCGACCCAAGACUUUUUAUUCCGGAUGUUAUAUUCAGGAAAAGGAUGGCUGAGGUUUCAUGAGGUACUUGUUGAAAAUCGGUUGGAUUGGGUUUUAAAUUUCUUCUAAUUCCUGCCGUGUUUCAUUUCCAAGAAACCUGGCUAAGGAGGCGGCUUUUUUUUGUCUAAUAAGGUUCACACAACCGUUACCCUGACAGACGCCAUUGUCGACAUCUAGCAAACUAUCACAAAAGUUUCAACAAUAACUGUGAUUAUAAAUAAUAAUAAUAAUAAUAAUAAUAUUGCCACCCAUUCAGGAUUGUGCCAUUUGAAAUUUGAAAGCGCUUUUUGUAUUUUAUAUCUAAGUUUCUCACUUGUGAUUUCUUUAAGCUGAGAUUUUACCUUCAGUGAGUCCGUUCUAAAAGAUCGAUUUUUUUUUUUUUUUAAAUUAAGCCAAACUUAAAUGAUGCUUCAAUAAGGAGCUGAAUUUAAAAAACAACAACAAAAACAAUCUUUUAUCUGCUUUGAGCCCAUGCUUAUUAUUACUAUGGUUAUGGUUUACUUUUCAUUCCCACCUGGUGGAUCGUGUUGUGUUUGUUGUAUGUCGCGCAGACAGGACAAAAAAAAAAAUCUAUAUAUAUUGCCAUGAUGUCAUUGGUGCCAUUUGUAAAUGCCUUGUUUCUAUGUUGAUGAGACUUUUUCUUAAUUCAUCGUGUCAUUUUAGCUGACUUUAUAUGCAAAUAAAAACGGCAAGAUUUUUAUCCCAU